UAUAUGAACUAUGAAAUGCAAAUGAAAAUCUUUCAGGUUUGAUUCUUCUUGCUUGAAACAUUGAACAAGAAAAAAUGAUGUUAAUUCGCUCAAUAAACAAAACCUUAAACACAUAUUCUGUUCCUAGGUUUCUUCAAAUGUACACAACAAAAACCUCAAUUGGUUUCUCAGCAUUAGAAAAUCGCAUAUUGAAGAAUGGUGACCCUAGAACUUCAAUGACUCCUAUUCUGAACCAAUGGGUUGAACAAGGUAAAGAAGUUACUCGACCUGUACUUCAUCGUAUCAUCACUCGUCUCGCUAAUUAUCGUCGUUUUUCACAUGCCCUUCAGGUAUCAGAAUGGAUGAGCAAUAACAGUAAAAAUGAUUUAUCUCCCGGAGACAUUGCUAAACGGCUCAACCUGAUAUCUAAAGUUCAUGGUCUAGAACAAGCACAGAAAUUUUUCAAAGGCAUCCCUGAAGCUAAAAUUGGAUUCAAGAUCUAUGCUGCUCUUUUAAACUGUUAUGCAGAACAUAAAUCUUUGGAGGAAGCAGAGGUCACCAUGGAGAAAAUUAAGAAGUUGCGUCCCGUGGACAUGACAGUUUGUUAUAAUAUGAUGUUAAAACUAUAUGCUCAGAAAGGUAAACAUGAAAAAUUAGAUAGGUUGAUGCAAGAAAUGCAAGAGAAGGACAUUUGCAACGGCGCUACGUAUACCAUUAGGUUGAAUGCUUAUGUAAAUUCUAGAGACAUAGAAGGGAUGGAGAAGCUACUAAUGCAAAUGGAAGCCGAUCCUGUGGCAACUGUGGACUGGUAUACAUAUGCUACAGCUGCAAAUGGUUAUAUGAAAGUCGGCAAUGUUGAGAAGGCCUCGGAAAUGAUGAAGAAAUCGGAAAAUUCAGUUAAUGAUCGGGCGAGAAAGACUGCGUAUGAAUCUCUUCUAACCAUGCAUGCUGCAAUUGGAAACAAGGACGAGGUUUAUCGACUCUGGAAUAGGUGUAAAAAUCUUAGAAAUUCUUUCAACUCAAGUUACUUAUGUAUGCUAAGCUCAUUAGUGAAACUCGAUGACGUUGAAGGCGCGGAGAAGAUUUUGCAAGAAUGGGAAUCUGGAAAUCCAAGAUUCGACAUCAGAAUUCCAAAUAUGAUGAUCACUGCUUACUGUAAAUGGGGUCUGUUCGAUAAGGCUGAGGCGUAUAUCAAGAGACUUUUAGAUGAUGGCAAGGAAUUAGACGGAAGUACAUGGGACCGUUUAUCGUCUGCGUAUCACACAGAUAAUGCUAUGGAAAAAGCAGUUGAAACAUUGAAGAAAGCGACGUUGGGAAUUCGACGAGGUUGGAAGCCUAACCACGUGACUUUCGGAGCUUGUAUCAAGUAUCUGAAAGAAAAAUUAGAUGUGGAACAAGCUCUUGAGAUUCUGAAAUUAUUUAAAGAAAAUGGUCAUAUCUCAGCAACUACCUAUGAUAGACUAGUAAGUUAUGUUCAUGGUGAAAUAGCUGAUGCAGAAGCCAUGGAUCUUAUCAAACAAAAUUUCAUGAUUGAAAAGGUUCAACUUGAUGAUGAAGAAAAUUAAAUGUUUCAAUGUAAAAGAUAUUUGCAAAUGAUGUGUUCAAUUAUUUUCAACUUUUGCCUUGGCUGUUAACUCUA